AUGACCAGCUUUCUCAAUCUCCCCCCGGAGCUUCGCCAGAAUAUCUACGACUUCAGUCUGCCCGUACAGCAGCUGAAAGUCCAGGAUUUCUAUGACCCUGGUUGGCCAGACGCUGAGAAACCGGCCGGCAUCCCCAGUCUUUUCUUCGUCAACAAAGCCGUCUCUGAAGAAGCUGCGGCGGCAUUCUAUUCUCGGGCUGUGCUCAACGUCGCCCCCUUGCGCCCAGCUUCCUAUUUAUUUGAUUCUCUGACCGGCAACGGACCCAAGCUUAACCUAGCCUUUGGGUUGGAUGUCAAGUUUUCCUCUUGCCCGCGGCGCCAUCUGCAGCGGAUAACAACAGCCCGGAUUUACAGCGGACAGCAUGAUGCCAUCUCGGCCGAGGCAUAUGAGGCUCUCCUCCGCUGGCUUGUCGAUAACACGGCCGUGCAGAUGAUUCAUUUGUCUCGGCGCCUGAUGACGAGAUUACGAAGGGCGAGAGCGGAUAGCAAUGCCACCUUCGAUUUGCGUGCAGCUGCCACUAGUGAGACCAGAUUGCCUGGAAUACAAAUCUAUGUUCUUGAGAAGGGCGGUGAAAAUGAUGCACUCCUGGAUCCUCGAUGGGAUGCACGAAGCAGUGAUGACAACCAGAGACGAGCCGUGAUGCACAACAUCUCGGGCUGGUUGGAUUCCCUCCUGGCCGGGGACCCUGCCGCUGAACAAAAAGGCCGUGCAGAAGAUGAGCCCCGUUUAUACCAGGUGUGCUUCGUUUUUCCACACUCCCAGCCAAGCACAGGGUAG